UAGAACACACCUGUGAGUAACGUGCUGGCGAAUGCUGAAGCAGAAAUGAAGACUUGCGAUAAACAAGUGCUUCUCGUUGCAUCGACGUGACGUCUCAUGUGACGUUAGGCGAUGCAGAAGCGCGGUCAACUGGUGCAAAUUCAGAGAACAGUAGGCGAUUUUCUGUAUUCACCUGUUCCGAUUGCCACAGCCUUGACAGAUACAGGUGUUUCUUCAGACAUUCAGAAAAACACCAACAAUCAUGCAUGGGGAGCCAUCUUGGGUAUUGGCAUUGCAGUGGGAAUCACUGCCCUGGCGGUCUAUGUCAUCACCAAAUGGAGGAACCACAGGGACUUCUCACAUAGGAAACUAGUCGAAGAUACCCGAUGUGAUCCAGUUCUCAGAUUGGACAACAGUGAGCCUCUCGACUUAAAAUUUGAUGGCUGUGCUUACUACAAUCCUGGGCUACAAGGGGAUAACAUCCAAAUGACUAACUUCCCACAAGGACACUAUAAAUGAAGAACAGUCCUUGGGGCCAAAAUACUGAUAGCAAAUACUGGGAGCACCGCUUCUGUAAAAUGAUAAGGCCCCUUACCUAGAAAUCAGUAAAUGCCAAAUGAACUUUAAAUUAACCUCUUACUCAUAAGUAAGGGAUUAAAACUUUUCCUUUUCUGUUGUUUCCUUUAAAUGUUUUAUUCCUCUAGACAAAGUCCUUUUCCUCAUGGAUGUUUCUGAAUAUUGAAGAAUGUUAUACUAUUAUACUCCAUAAAUGUUUUGUUUUAUAGGAUUUGUUUUAUAGGAAUUAUGUGUCUUUGAAAUUGUUAUGUAGGCAUUACUUGUUACAUUUUUUGUUAAGGCAGUAAA